AUGACGGAUAGGUUCUUUAGCUGCUCGAUUUGCACAAGACCAAGUGCGCGCACAGUUGGAGCCAGGGGCGAUAUUUGCCGUAGGCACUUCUGCCUAGAUGACGCAACCUAUAAAAGACUCAUCAUCGACGAAAUAGGCCGCCUUCGUGCUCAGAUUGACGAGAAGGCGGUGUGCAGACUUGCUUCUAGCCUUAACGAUGACAAAUGUUGCGUUAUCGAACAUCCCUCUAAGGCUGUUGGUCUAGAUUCUCUUACAGGAUGUGCCAACUAUCACGCCCGUAUCCGCUUUAGUGACGGAUCCCCAUCCUGGCUUAUGUGA